AUGUCUCGAUGGGAAAGUUUUCCUAUUAGUGAGCAAGAGCAGGCCUAUCUGGCUUCAACCACAACGACGACCGAAAAUCCGGCUGUAACGAUUGCGCAAGUGCGACAAAGUCUUGGUGGAUUCAUCCGUCAAGAAAUUUCCGAAGCAGGCCAGACAAUCUGCUUUUACCGAUACAAUUCUGCCGACACUCCAAUUCCCUAUCUUUGUGAACUCGGUUGCUGUGGACACGGAUGUUGCACAGUAUCCGAUAUUGCAGCGAAGAGCACUUCUUUUGGCUGGGCUAUUGCUCUUCUGGUUAUUGUUCUCAUCACCAUUGUUUUCGCGGUGUUGGCACUCAUUUCAGUUUGGCUCAUGAACCGCCAUAAAGAUAAAAUUCAGAAGCAACAACUGUCGGAAUGCUCUAUUGAAAGCUCGUCCGUUAGUCAGAUCAGUGGACCAACAACGUACUACCCAGACAAUUACUAUCACCACAAUAUGAAUGGUUUUAAGCCAUAUUAA